AUGGCUUGGUCUCAACUUUUCAUCUCUCUGUUCUUUCUUAGUUCUCUUCUCAUUUUUUCAGGUGGAUAUUCAUCAACAUUUACAAUCAUAAACAAGUGCAACUACCAAGUUUGGCCCGGUAUACUAUCAGGCGCAGGUACCCCACAACUUCCCACCACAGGCUUUGUUCUCCAACCGGGCGAAUCAAAUUCAAUUUCCUUCCCGCCGUCUUGGUCAGGCCGCUUAUGGGGCAGAACGCUAUGCACCCAAGAUUCCACCAGCGGCAAAUUCUCUUGCCAGACAGGCGAUUGUGGCUCUCCCACUCUUGAAUGUUCCGGUGGAGGCGCUGCCCCUCCUGCCACCCUGGCUGAAUUCACUUUAAAUGGCGCGAACGGACUAGAUUUUUACGAUGUUAGCCUUGUGGAUGGCUAUAACCUCCCAAUGCUUAUAACCCCACAGAGUGGCAAAGGAGGGAAUUACACGGCAACAGGGUGUGUCGUGGACUUGAACAAUGCAUGUCCGAACGAACUUAAAGUUGUUGAUGGCGGUAACGGUGAGAAUUUAGCAUGCAAAAGUGCAUGUGAUGCGUUCGGAGAUCCGAAAUAUUGCUGCAGCGGUGCAUAUGCAACUCCGGAUACAUGUAAACCAAGCUCGUACUCACAAUUUUUCAAAAAUGCUUGCCCCCGAGCUUAUAGCUAUGCUUAUGACGACGGGACAAGUACUUUCACUUGCGCCGGAGCCGAUUAUGUUAUCACUUUCUGCCCUGCUCCAACCACCAGUCAGAAGUCGGCAAAUGGGCAGCAGAAUCCGGAGGCAGCGGACGCCUCAGCUGGCAAUCGUAACACAUCACCAUGUUUCAUAGGCGGUUUCAUCACCAUUGCCGUGGCAAUUUGGCAGUUACGGCAGCUCUUUUGA